UUCCUCAUUUUUGCUGGUCACUGCCAUGGCAUCAGAGUCUGCAGCUGCACCUGCCUCCAGUAGUGCCGUGAGGCGCCUGCGACGGGACCUGGAAGUGUUGCAGAAAUCCCGCAAUCCACAGAUCUUGGUUCGUCCUGCAGAGGACAACCUCUUAGAGUGGCACUUCGUUCUGCAUGCCUUGCCGGAGGAUACGCCCUACAGCAAGGGUUGCUACCAUGGCAAAGUGGUCUUUCCAGCAGAGUAUCCCCACGCCCCACCAGCCAUUUUGAUGAUGACGCCCAGUGGACGAUUGGAGACAGGAAAGCGGCUUUGCCUCAGCAUGACAGACUUUCAUCCAGAGAGCUGGAACCCUGCUUGGUCUGUUGAGACGAUCUUAGUGGGUUUGCUCUCAUUCUUCAUUUCUGACGAGAAAGGCUAUGGAUCAGUCAGAAGCUCUGAAGAGCAACGGAAACUCUUGGCAGAGAAGAGCUGGGAAAGCAAUGCAGGAUCUGCCGUUUUCAGGUCCCUUUUCCCUGAAUUUCUCCACAUGCCAGAGACUUCAGAGACUUCUGAACAGGAUGCCGGAGACCCAUCACCACCAGUGCCGGUUGAAGCACAAGUGUCACACGAGUCAUUUGAAGUGGCUCCCGAAGCCUUGGAAGAAGGGGUUGUCCCAGUUGUCCCUGUUUCAUCUGAGCAUCGAUCCGAGCGAUUGAAUAGUUCCUCUGAAUGCUGGAUUUGCCGCGACGUCACGGAUGAACCGCUGAUUCAGCCGUGCCGAUGUCGUGGUUCCAUGAGUGGAGUCCAUGCCAGUUGCGUGGAGGAGUGGAUUCGAAGCCAUCGGCGAACGGCACGUGAUGAUGCGCCCCCACGCUGCUCUGUGUGCCACCAGCCCUAUCAAGGCUCCGAGAGGUUGCCUCGAUUUAGGGAGUUUGUGUCGCACAGCUGCAGGGCGAUGGGAGCACAAUGUGGCAGAACGCUUCUCUUGGUCUUGGCAUUGAUGUUGUUUCAGGAGUGUGCGAUGGACCCAAAGCUGCCAAUCGCUGUGCGGGUGUUGGGCAUUUGCCUUUUUGCUCUGUUGGCGUUGUAUCGCUUUCUGAUUCUGAUGGUGUCGUUACCGCCACAUGGACAAGCACCUGAACAGCGCUGGCUGCAGCCCUUCUUUAUUGCUGAAACCAGGGAGUUGACAACGCACAUGGCAGAAGCUGCAGCAGCGAACACCGUUGUGAUUGGUUGGAGCCUUGUCGGUAUCAUCUCCUGGCCCUACGUCUUGGGUUUCUGCGUACUUCUUUUGCUCCUUGCGAUCAAGCUCCUGUUGAGGCAGCCAACCUGGAGAUGUUCGAGGGAGUGCUUCAUUCGCUAUGCUCGCGCCGUUGCAUACAUCGUCUUGUUUCCUGUGAUAUUGGUCUUUGCCAUCUGCGAGUUCCUCUGGAGAUACCCGCGAUCAUUGCAUCCUUUGGGUCCAGCUCCUCAUUUGGCGAUUUCCAUCGCAGUAAUUCCUCUGGCAAUGACCGUCAGCUCGAACCUGCCCCUGCUGAUCAUUUGGGGGAUCCACGUCUUGUUCCUGUUGGUCGGGCUGAUCGAGCUGUUUUUGGUAAAGCGCUGGCGCUGGAAGCGAGGGUUGGUUUGGGUCAUCGUCUUGCAGGUGUCCUUGAUGGGCUGUUACAUCAGCAACCUUUGCGAAUUCCCCAAAGGCAUUGGAAAUACGUCAACUUCGCAAAUCAUCAUUGCAGGAAGUUCUUGCAGUUGGCUGCUGUUGAUCGUGGUGCUGACGCUGAAGAUCAAUUGGGAGCUUUGCGUGCAGUACUACCGCACUUGGCAGCGGCGCCAUGGUAGUUUCACCCUUGAUCCCAGCGCUGCUCCCCAGAGCGCAACUGCCACUGCCUGACAGGAGAGCUGUGCUGCAAGACACGCAAGGUGAAG